AUGUUUAAAAAUGUGGGCCGGAGAGUGUCGAAAGACUCGACUCACUCGACCCCUACCGUCGAAGAUGAGGAUGACAACAUAUCUCUAGCUUCAACAGCGUCCGUGCAACACGACCCAGAUGAAGAAUUCGAGGUCGAGGAUAUCCUCUUCGAGGAACUAGACGAUGAUGGCAAACAAGUCUAUCUAAUCAAGUGGGAACGCUACCCGCUAGAACAAUGCACUUGGGAGCCCGAGGACAACCUGGGUGACGAACUCAUAGAGAUGUGGAGGGAGAAGCAACUGAGGCAGGAGGCCGGAGAGGAAGAGCCAUUUGAUGUGCGAGAGUUCCGUGCAGCCGUCAACAAGGCUAAGAAGGCAAAGGCCGACCGUCAUCGCCGUCGCAACGCGAAGCGGCGGAAACUGGGUCUCCCGUUGACCGAGCCCUUCGAUAGCUCAAGCUCGGAAUCAGACCUAGACAUUGUCAAGGCCGAGUCCUCUGAUGAAUCCAGUGAUGAAGCUUUGGAGCAAGAGGAACCCGUCUCCAAGGACGAUCGGGAACCACGCUCGGCUCAAGAGAGUGGUGCACGCCCGCAAUCAGAGCAAAAGCCCAAGCAAAAGAUAUUCAAAGGCAUCGCUCAACCUGUACCCAAAUCGGCCAAGACUGCCGCCACUACACGAGAAUCGACCUUUCUCGAGCCCAAACCCAAAGCCUCUUCAAAAUCCAGUUCCAAAGCCCCUGAAAGGCCUUCCCCGCCGCAACCGUCGUCCUCCAAGCCUCGACCUGAGCGGAAUUUUGUAUUGACAACUGGCUACCAAGGAACUGCGAGGAAGCCUGUGGAUAAAGCACGACCUAGUACUCCAAACGGGUUGACUAGGCCACUGCCCCAAUCAACCCGUACCGCUCCUCCAAUUGCGUCUCGACCUACGUCUGCUGGCGUCCGAAAGCCUCUGACUGCCAAAAGAACGGCCGUUAAGAAGAUGGUCAGCGUCAAUAUCUUUGCAGCAGGCAAAGUUAGAAAACCCCGACAGAAGUUGGAGAAGGCUAUGUCAGACCCAACCAAAGAUCCAAAGCAGUUUAAAAUGCUUAGUCAACGCCGGUGGGCUGAGAAGAAGAGCAGGGAUACGGAGGAUCGUCCUCCCGAUCUAUCGACAGCGAAUAUUCAACUCUUCAACAUCAGACAGAUCCCAACAGAAAGAAAAACCUCACUAAGCACAACCACGUCAUCAAGCACGCCUAUUCUGGCCCCAGGUGGUCAAGUGACUAGGACACAGGUCGAAAUAGAAGCCGAGAACACAGCCGGGCUUGAGCUCAGCUCGGACGAACCGGCACCCGUGAACAGCCAGGAACUGUCUAUUCGACCCAGGGAUCCGCCCAGAAGGAAAUCUGCUUUGACAAAAUCAAAACCCGAUGGAGGACAACCCAAGGAGCGCAAAUCCGUCCGCUUCGUGCCUGGCCAUGAUGAGACCACAAUUCCUCAGGAACGGGAACAGAUGGAUGUUGAUGGGAUGUUUGUCGAGCCUGUUAAUACAACGCCAACUACGCCCACAAAUUCGACGGCUCACAAGCGCAUACCUAGUCCAGAUCCGCCGCCUGCUACUGCUUCUGCCGGCGAGUCCGAUGACGGGGUGCGAAGGGGAAAUCUGAACAAAAGACUGCUGAUCGCCGAGAUCCCCCCUUUUGAGGUCACAUUUCACGAUGUGCCGCGAGAUACCCAUCAGUUGUGGGCUGCACAUUUCGGCAACCAAAAGUCGCUAGAGAUUCGGCUAAGUUGUUUCGCUGAAACAGCAGUGGCAAAAUUGAAGCCUCCCUUGUUCCAAGAGUGCCUGGCCAAAGGGCCUAUAACGUCCGAGAACAAAGAAGCUAUAGAGAAGCUUGCACAGCAGCUUAAGGCGCGACUGCUCGGUCUUUACUACUCGGGUCGGCAUUACAACCUUCUCAUUUAUCCCACCAAAUGUGAGCAGUGGCAAACUAAAUUGUUUGGCCAGGAGGUAGCAACUGGCUUGACUGCAGCGCUCUGUUAUACUAUAUUCUCAUCAGAUAUUGACUGUGGAACUAUGCUCCGACCGCUCAGUCUUCCGCUACAUUUGCCAGAAACGAAUAGAAAGGCAGUGCCCACCAGGACGUGGCUGAUGAGGAGACUGUACAAAUUCGAUUACAAUCAGCUAUUACCAAGAAAGCCGGAGAUUCCACAGAUACACAAGUUCUUUCUCGCUUUCCCCGAGUCAGGAACUGGAAAAGCUACCCGGUCAGUCGUCUUUCAAUGGCUGCGCUCUUCCAAUCCCGCCUGUCACGUAUACAUAUCUAGUCAACCAGGCUCUUGGGAUGCAUUCAGAGCCAGCGUAGCCGAGUCAUCUGGUGUUGUCAUCAUCCACGAAACGUUGGUGUGGAGUCUUCGCCGGUUUCCAAAGCUUUCCGAGUACCUGGUCAAGAAAUACGACGAGUAUUGGUGCUUUACGGAGCCAACCGAAGCAUAUCCCUUAUAUCCGUCAAUGUCCUUGCCGGAAAGCGUCCCCCCCGGGAUUAGUCAACUGACACGGAUAUUGCCAUUCGGAACAGCAAUUCUGCUCACACCCAGCUUUCUGGUAUCCGAGCCUGAACACGCUCAAUGCAUCGAUUCGCGCGAGAGGUGGUGGAACGCGGGACCGAGCCUUGGGAUGACUCCUAUUGAAACCCAGUUCGAGAUCAACUUGCGAGGACAUAGCCUUGACGAAUGUGAAUCUAGGCUUCAAGCCGGCAUCAUUGCUUCUGAACUUCACAGAGUACGCACCAGAAAGCUCGACUCCUCCGGUGGAAUGGAGGAGGACCACAGCCCGCUCAUCUAUGCGGAUCCGUCCAUCGACCCAAAUGACGAGCAAAGCCUAGUCAACUGGUUCGGCUGGUGGUCAACCCUGCGGGCUGAUCAGUUCCGAAAGUUCCAUGUUGUUGGAUCGUGUACCAGUAUUGGUUAUCCAAACACCAAGAAGGGAAUUCGGACGGUCCGCAUUCCCAAAUAUCUUAAAACAACAAUCAAUGACCCAGACGCGGUAGCAGAGGUUGUGCAGGACGAAGCAUCGCAGAAUCUCCAGGUACCAGCACACGAACUGCCUCCCAGCAAGCCACCAAGUGCGGCGCGUAGUUUGGAGUUGACUGGCCCCUUCAAAAGCGAUAUACCGGGCUUAAGCAAUGACCGUGGAGAGACUCUUAAAACAUUCCUUUUCAGCAACUUUUGUAAUUCCGGUCCGAAGCCCAAAAUGCGGUUUUACGGAUAUCCUGUGACGUGGACUGAUUCGGAGAUGGCGAGAUCCUACGGCGAUUUGAUGCUCAGGUACAACCAACCGAUCAGCCAGUGGUUCAGUUAUACAUGGCCAUUCGACAAAACCUUCAACACUUACAUAGGCCUGUUUUAUACCAUUUCCGAGGAGUGGGAUCCCCAGAAGCCUCCACAAAACCCGAAUCCUAGGUGGCAUCCUUGGCUUGCGAUUUACAGGCCUGUCAAUGCCGAUAUUUUCCCCUACCGACGGUGCGAGGUUAUCAUAUGGGACCCCCUCGCGAGGAAGCGGUUUCCGGGCUCACAGGCACCGUUAGAAAGGGAGCUCGCUCAUAUGCAACGGCGUGUCAUUCAGUAUGUCCGUGAGCACUGCGGAAAUAAGAAUAGGGGUACGUACCUCGACCAGGUUUGGCUCGGCGGGUUCAACUGCCCCAGUGAAUGCGAAUCUCCUUAUCCGCUCGACAUGACGUUGAAAUUCGCCAGAACAGUGAUGCAAGAUAUUGGAGAACAUCUUCCACCAGCGGAGCAGCGGUUGCCGGAAAAGGGUUUCAGGAAAGUUUUAAAGGAGCACCCGCCGGCGCUAGAUACGAUGAAUGGCGGAGGUCUAGAUAGCGACGACGACGUUCUCAUGGAUGUCGAUAGCAACGAUGGCUGGGAAGACGAAGACGAAGAUGUGCGCAUCAUCUUCCAUCCACCUCGAGGCACCAAGCUCUCCCCUGGUUCCCGCUCAAAGUGCACCAAUAGGCUCUACGAGGAGGCACGUCUCGCCAGGGCCAGGUCCUCUUCGGACCAUAUGGAGUUCAAGUUCGUCCCAACGCUCAAGUGGUACGAGGACCAGGUCGCGGAGGGGCGCGGCUUUGAACACAUUAACAUCCAGUCGUGGCAAGACAUCUUCAACAUCUUCCAAGUAGGAAAGGCGAAGGGUAGCAAGGUGACGACAGCGACGGGAGCGGCGAAGGCUCCGGUGACGCGUGGAGACAGAGAAGGAGAUGUUCAGAUGACCGGCUAA